AUGACCAAAGGUUGUUAUACCUGCCGACGACGUCGCAUCAUAUGCGACAAUGGCAAGCCCACCUGUCGGAAGUGUCGAGAUGCGGGGAAAGAAUGUCUGGGGUACCAGAAACCGCUUGUUUGGGUCAAGGGUGGAGUGGCUAGUCGAGGAAAGAUGAUGGGCCGCAGCUUUGAUGAUGUGGAAGUAUCACCUAGCAAGCCAAAGCGCCAGCCAGAUACCGGGACGUAUGAUUCGACUCCGGCGAGCAGCGGAUUCAACUUUUUCUCUAUCGCGGAAUCCCCAUCCGAUGCCGAAUCACACAGCUCUGGGAAUCAACCUAGUCCGGAGACCGAUGGAUGGGUUUUCGAGGUGGAGAAUUCAACACUGGGGGGAGAAAUUGCGCAGUUUGGGGUCAAUCCAACCGAGGAACAGGAUACCGCAGUUGUUCAUGUUCCUCGAAGUACUCCUCCUGCCGACUAUACUCCAGCCCCAUGGGGACUGGUAGAUCCACUGCUCAAAGAUCUCAGCCAGUUCUCAAGGUACUACAUACAUCACUACAAUCAAUAUAUGGUUAACGACUUCGCCCUUUACUCUCAACACAAAAAUCCGUUCCGAGAUCUUACUGCGCUAGUCAAUCAUUCACCUGUUCUCGCUAGCAGCAUCGCUGCUCUUGGAGCUCUUCAUUUCUCCCUUGUAUCGGAAUCGGACUCGUCUGUCGAACCAUGGUCAUCAGGCAAUCUCUCGAUGUCAGCAGAGGAUAUUGAAGAUAUUGUGGCACCGGCAAGUUCUCGAAAACCCACUUCGCAGGCAUAUCAUCAUUUCUUGGAGUACAAACAGCGCGCCCUUCGCCAAUUGUCUAUGGAUAUCCACAACCCGACGAUGCAACAUGACGGCAGGACCUUAGCUGCCAUCAUAUUGCUUGCCUUUUUAGACAUAUUUGAGUCCGGCAGCGGGGCUUGGAGUUACCAUAUCGAGGGCGCGAAGAAGCUUCUCAAGGCCCGACCUGAAAAUGGCCCGGGACAAGGAAUCCUCGACGACCUGGACGCUUUUGCCCUUGACGGGUGUUUAAUAAUGGAAAUCAUGGGAUCAACUCUAGCUCGCCCAGGCGCACUCUCGAAGCCCUUCUACUCCUCAUCCAUGGGCCCAGAGAUCCUCAAACGUCUUGAAGAAAAUUCUUGGGUCGGAUGUCCCGCCUAUCUCCUAGAAAUAAUUUUCUUCAUCCACGCCCUCUGGUACCCAGACUCCGAAGUCGCCGCUAUAACACCCCAACCAGCAGCGCUGCCAACCCCAAUCCAACCCGGCCAGCCCCUGACUCUAGACUCAUUCGCAAGCCUCCUCCAAGGAAUCCGCAACUUCGACCCAAUAGCCUGGAGCCAGGAAAUGCAAAAUGUCUUCUUCGUCCCAAAUCUAACGUACCCCGGGUCCUCUCACGCGCCAGAGAAGGCUUCUCACCCCCCCUGGGCAGACGCCAGUCUGCCGCUCGAUCACCGACUCAUCACCACAAACCUCAUAACGCAAAUUUGCCUCAUCCCCAAUUCGGACCCGCACUUCAAAUGCCUCAUCUGGCCCACCUUCAUCGCUGGCGCGGAAUGUCGUCCUUCGCAACGGGGUCUUAUCCUUGAAAAACUCUGCUCGCUCUAUGAGGCCCUGACGAGUGUUAAUGUCCGCAAUGCUGCAUGGGUUUUGCGUCUCAUGUGGCAGAAACAGGAUCUCAAACGCCGUGAGCGUCAGAAUGUUUCUAAUGACCAGGGCUAUGAUAAUAAUGAUGCCGAUCUUGAGUUUGACUGGAUUGAGGAGCUGGAUCAUACCCGCCUCGACUGGUUGUUCAUUUAA